AUGGAGUCUAAGACGGAGUCUAAGGUAUUCCUGUCUUUAAUUGAGUUUAGCGAGAACCUAAGAAAGGCAUCCCACGAUCCUCGUGUUUCUGCUCUCUUUAUUCGCAUACACAUUGAUUUUGAGUGUCGUUGGGGUAUGGCACAGGAAAUUGGUGUUGACAUUACCAAUUUUAGAAAAUCAGACAAGUUGGCCAUCGCCUUUGUUCCAACGACCAUUUAUAGAAGGCUUUACAUUGGUUGCUUUUGCAAUGAACUAUAUUUACCUCCGCCAAAGCCGGAAAAUGGUAGUGGUGGUCCUUCAGGAUUAGAAAGUGAUAGUGGCAGUGCUCAACAAGAUUUAAUUGAUUAUAGUUUGUAUGUUGAAACUGAGGUGAUAGCCAUGGGUAAGUAUAAACAAGACACUCCGGGUUCAGCAGAGAAGAUUGAGUCGGAUGAUGCAAUUGUUUCAGAUGUUAUUUGUCACUGGCUUGGUAAAUUCUCUUCCUUAAGAGGAUUAUCAUUGGAAUUUUUGCUUGAUUUUCUUCAAUCUGGUGACCAAUUUGAUUUGAGGAAUUGGGUAGUUGCUGGGCUGAUAACAGGUUUAUGUGAACCUGAUGAGCUUAUAUCGAGUCUUAGUAGAAAAUUUGGUGAUUUGGUUGAUUUGAAGCAAUAUUCUCGCGUUCGAAAAUGGACUGUUGGACUAGUCGAAGGAGAAGAAAGGAUUGCUAUUAUCCGAGUAUCGGGAGGUAUAAAUCCCUCAUACUUGAUACCAGCCGAUGAUAAUAUUAUUACAAAGAUUCGUCAAGUUCGGUCAUCCAAUACUUUUAAGGCUUUGAUUAUCAGAGUUGAUAGUCAUGGCGGAGACAUGUAUACCUCUGAUCUUUUGUGGAGGGAAAUUAGGCAUGUUUCAAGGAAAAUACCUGUCAUUUGUUCAAUAUAUGAUCAUGGUUAUAGUGGUGGUUACAUGCUUAACAGGUAG